CGCGCCGGGAAGAUGGCGGCGGACGGGGGCGCGGCGGCGGCGGCCCGCGAGCGGCGGCGCGAGCAGCUCCGGCAGUGGGAGGCGGCGCCGGCCCCGCCCUGCCCCCCGCGGCCGCCGCGCGCCCGGGCCGUGCGCUUCGAGCGCGCCGCCGAGUUCCUGGCCGCCUGCGCGGGGGGGGAGCUGGGCGAGGCCGGGGCCAUGCUGCGGGGGGGGCCCGGCGGGGAGCGGCCCGUGCCCGGCCUGGUCAACGGCACCAACGCGGACGGGAUCAGCGCCCUGCACCAGGCCUGCAUUGACGAGAACCUGGAGGUGGUGCAGUUCCUGGUGGAGAAUGGAGCCGACGUGAACCAGGCGGACAAUGAGGGCUGGACGCCCCUGCAUGUUGCUGCCUCCUGCAGCUACAAGGAGAUCGCCCAGUACCUGCUGGCCCACGGCGCACAGGUGGCGGCGGUGAACAGCGACGGGGAGAUUCCCCUGGAUAUCGCCGAGGACGACGGCAUGGAGGCGCUGCUGCGGGAGGAGAUCGCCAAGCGAGGGGUGGACGUGGCGGCCGCCAAGCGGGAGGAGGAGGAGCUGAUGCUGCAGGACACGCGCCAGUGGCUGAACGCCGGGCACAUCUACGACACGCGCCACCCCAAGACCGGAGCCAGCGCCCUGCACGUGGCCGCCGCCAAGGGCUACAUCGAGGUCAUGAGGCUGCUCCUGCAGGCCGGUUAUGACCCCAACGUGCAGGACAAGGACGGCUGGACCCCCCUGCACGCGGCGGCCCACUGGGGGGUGGAAGAAGCCUGCCGCCUGCUGGUGGAGCAUCUGUGUGACAUGGACACCCUCAACAACGUGGGCCAGCGGCCGUGCGACCUGGCAGACGAGGACACGCUGAGCCUGCUGGCGGAGCUGCAGAAGAAGCAGGAGGACCUGCGCAGCAAGAAGGAAGCUCACCUGAAGCAGGCGGUGAUCGAUACCAGCGCGGAGCAGCAGCCUGUGUACAGCGCCAAGCACAGGCGGAGCUCCGUGUGCCGCAUGAGCAGCCGGGAGAAGAUCUCGGUGCAGGACCAGUCCAAGGAGCGCAAAACUCUGGGCCCCAUCGUCCCGGACGAGGAGAACAGCUCCGCCUCCGAGGGGGAGGAGCCGGAGAAACCCACCGAGUCCACCAAGCCCCCACCUCAGGAGAGCAGCGGCUUGAAUGGGGUCGCCCUGCCCCCUGUCUCCCCUGCACCAACAGGGUCCAAGUUCUCCGGAGGCCGCCCCGCAGCACCGGAGGAUUCGUCAGCGCCUGCCUGGAGGGCGGGGCUGCGGAAGACGGGCAGCUUCGGGGUGCUGCAGGACGCCCGGCUGGACGAGGGGCCCCCCAAGGAGGGCAGGAUCAAGCGCUCAGCGUCCAGCCCCAGGCUGGACACAGAGGAGAAGCCACAGGACAUCUGGGAAAUCCUACAGAAGUGGAACAGGACUCUGAUUGGCCCGGGGUUAGCCAAUAAGAGCGUAGCCUCAGAGCUAGCCAGUCGGGAGGAAGGGAGUUCAUCAGGUGACCUGAGCAAGGAGCCGCCGCGCCUGGCCCGGGUCCCGCCGACGCCCACACGGCGUAUCUUCACCCUGCCGGACGCAGAGCCAAGCCGAGCGAUCUUGGAAGACGGCCUGCAGAUGAAAAUCGACGCGGGUUCUGCCCCCAACCAGCUCCCCACUUCCAGCACAGACCUCCGCGACCGCCGAAGAUCGUAUCAGACCCCUGUGAGGGAUGAGGAGUCGGAAUCGCAGCGCAAAGCCCGGUCGCGUCUCAUGAGGCAGUCCCGGCGAUCCACCCAGGGCGUCACCCUCACGGACUUGAAGGAGGCCGAGAAGACCAUUGGCCGAUCCGUGGACGCCAGGGCCACCGAGCAGCGAAUCGGGGAGGACGAGAAGCGGGGCCGAGAAGGGGAGCAGCCGCUGGACGCCAUGGACUCGGCCCGGCGAUGCCGCGCAGCCAACCCCGAGGGCUCCUCGGUGUAUCCCGUGAAUCCCGUCGUGGUGAACUCUCAGGCAAAGAAAGCACCGGAGCCCGAGGGGCUGGGGCUGGGCGCGGAGGCGGAGGCCGAGCUGCGGAACCGGCUGGCCGUGCGGGACCGCCGGAAAGGCCGGCGAGAACGACGCUCCACGGGCAUGGUGCAGAACGCAGAGGGCGACGAGACCGAGGAGCCGGAGCAGCUGAAUGACACCGCCCCGGGAUCCAGGUACCUGCCGGCCGGGAGCUCCAGCAUGUCCGACCACUUGAACAGCCUCCUGCCCCACCGGACGGACGCCUACGGCUGCGCCAGGCUCAGCAGCGUGGGCAGCGCCGGGGACGAGCAUGAAUACAAAAAGCUCUAUGAAGAUCUCCAGGUGGAGAACGAGAAGCUGAAGGAGCAGUUGCAGGAGACGCAGCUGAAGCUGACCCAGAUCAAGCUGGAGCUGGAGCGGGUGACCCAGAGGCAGGAGCGCUUUGCCGAGCGGCCGGCGCGGCUGGAGCUGGAGAGAUUUGAGCGCCGGGCCUUGGAGCGGAAGGCGGCGGAGCUGGAGGAGGAGCUGAAGGCUCUCUCGGACCUGAAGGCCGACAACCAGCGCCUGAAGGACGAGAACGCGGCUUUGAUCCGGGUCAUCAGCAAACUCUCCAAGUGACGCCCCCCGCCCAGGGCAGGGAGUCGCCCCACUUCCCGGGCCAGCCCCUUCCAGCUGGCAGGGAGCCCCCCCACACUCCAGACCAGCUCCCCCAGCCAAGGUGCCAUGGGAGGGGGGAGUCUAUGGACCAGAAUAAGCCCCUCGCCCCCACACAGCAGGACCACACCCCCUUACGCCACCCCUCAAACCAGGGACCUCCUGAUAAACCUCCCCCACAAAUCUUUCCUCUGGGGGAGGGGUGUCUGAGCCCCCCUGAUAAUCAGACCAAACCCCCCCAUCGCUCUGAGUGGCACCCCCCUCCCCCCCAACACCUGCUGCUGGAGCAAAAUCCAGCCCCUGCCCCGGGACAAAUAUUAUUUGUGGCUCUUGACAAUUCCUGCUACUUGUUAAGUGACGCUCGUUGUCAGUAGCUGGGGGGGGGGAGGGGAGGCAGAUUCCCGCCUGCCCCUCUCCCCCAGUCCCAGCCUUGGGGGGGGGGGGGCGUGUAACCCCUUUUCCCCCCCGCCUCCGUUAUCCCAGUAAUCUCCAGUUAGAAGCCAAAAUGCUUCUCCCCCUCCCCCCACCCCCCUUUGAUUGUGGGGGUGUUAGCAGAGAUGGGGAUAUUGCAAGCCCCCCCCCUUUUUACAGCCCCUUCAAUUCUCCCCCACACCCCAGCUAAACAAAUCCCUGCAGCUUUGUUUCUGCCCCACGGCGCCCCCUACGGAUGCCAAGGAUCUCUCACCUGCCUGCCCCACGGGAGCACCGUGCCACGCCCCCCCCACCCUGUGCCAGGGAAAACGCCAGCCAAAGUGGGGCUGUUAGGGGAGGGGCGUAGAGCUGCUGUAAGUGGCGGGGCUGGCAGAUGGGAGGGUGGGUGGCAUCAGGAAGGGGGGGCUAUGCCAGUAUUGGGGGGGGCCCUGGGGAGAAACAGGGGGGUUCCAGGGAGGGCUACUCUAGGGUCAGCCCCCAGAGGGGCCCAGUUAGGCGGAUGUGGGGGAGGGGACCCCUGAAUAAAUAGCCCCAUUGGGGAAUCUCCAGUGUGCACUGAUUGGGUCCAAAGGGGGUGGGGCCCAUCUGCUGUACUGCCCCACAUUCCUGCCUUGGCUCCACCCCCUCGGAAUCUUGGUGUUAAAAGGGGGCGGGACUUUAUAGUCACUUCCCCGCCCCCAUUGCAGUAUCUGGGCCAAACCAUGUGGAGGCGGGGAAUAGGUGGGGCCACCCAAUUCUUCCUCUUAAGGGCUUCUUCCAUUGUAGAUGUGGGGGAGCAGGCACCAAAUAACCACAUGACCAAAGUGAGGGGGUGCCCCCAGCUCCCCAAUGUCCCCCCCGACACGUACAGAACGAAUGGGGAUUCCUGGCUUUGCCAAACUCCUCUCUAUUGCAAACCCAGCCGGGGGACACCCGGAGGAUUGUGGGGUUCAGGUAAGACAAAGGGCAUUGCAGAUCUUGCUGCCCUCCCCAAGUGUGUGUGUGGGGGGGGUGUGGAUCUAAGAACCAAGCUGCUGCUUCAGCCCCCUGAAAAUGUGCCAUGGGGGGGUUCAGAUCCCAGUUUUCUGCACCCUUCCUUAAGGGGCCCCAAGCACUCCUCGUCCACCCCUUGAAAAGGGGGUGUGGGCGCUUUGGACAGAUGCAAGUGCAAAAAAAGCAGGGUUCAGGCUCCCUUUAAAAACUGCCAUGCAAACUGAAUUGUCAGUUUGGCCCCAGAACGUGGCUUCCUGGAAAGUGUCCCCCACAGUUUGAGGGGGACCCCAAAUUUCUGUGCCAUGCCAUGCCACGCCACGCCACGCCUCCUGCUGAAAUGUCCCCCUGAAUUUUCUAGGGAAACCUCAACUUUCCUUGCCCUUACCCUCUCAGUUCAAAAUCCCCCCAAAUUCCCAGGGGAACCCCCAAAUUCUCAGUGCCAUGCAGCUGAUUUCUCCCUCCCUCAAUGCCCCCCAAAUUAAUCCAGGGCAUGAAACUGAUUCCUCCUCAGUUCAGAAUCCUCCCGAAACUCACAGGGGACCCCAAAAUUCUGUGCCAUGCAACUGAUUUCCCCCCUCAGCAAAAAACACUCCCCCCAAUGGAGGGCAUCCCAAAAUUUUCCAGGCCAUGCAGCCAUCUUCCCCCGCCCCCUCAGCAAAAUAAAAAUCCCCAUGAAGUUUGCAGAGUGUCUCUCCCCCCCCCCCCCCAAUUUAUAAGCCAGGCGGCCGCUCCCCCCCACGCCACCCCCAUGAACAUAUCUGUAUAUAAAGGAAAGUAUUUUCUAUACAGCGUCCCCCGCCUCCCCGAAAGAUACGACGUGUGCAAUACAGCAAAGGAAAUUCUA